AUGACUGGAUCUGGACGCGGAAAAGGUGGUGCGGGUAAGGCCAGGGCGAAGCCAAAGUCGCGCUCUUCUCGAGCUGGACUCCAGUUCCCGGUUGGUCGCAUCCAGCGACAUUUGAGGAAAGGCAACUAUGCCGAGCGAGUAGGUGCUGGUGCCCCGGUAUACUUGGCCGCCGUUCUCGAGUACUUGUCCGCCGAAGUCCUGGAGUUGGCAGGCAAUGCAGCUCGUGACAACAAAAAGACNAAUCAAAGCACAUUUAUCGAAAUUAUGUUUGGAUUUAAAAAAAGUAAAUGGAAUAUUUGUAUUUUUACCUAG